AUGGCUGUGAUAAAGAAUGUUAUAGGCGGGUCUGGAGAAUCGACCGCAGCGUUGCCUAUACUUUCUGAAGUCGGCAGUACUAUGCAGGCCCUUUUGAUGCGUAUCGAACGACGGUACACCCAGAUGGGAUUGGAGACCAGUGAGUGGGGGAACGCACUUAUCGACCAUCUUUUGGGUCCGGCUCUAACCUAUUGGAUAUAUCUACAGCGAACUAUCGACCUAAGCGACUGGGUGACGGUAGAGCGAAGGCUUCUUGAACGGUUCGACAAGACAAUGUCGCAAAGUCAACUGCUAACGGAGCUAGAUAAAGUACGGUGGAAUGGAAACCCUGAAGAGUAUUUGGGCAAGUUUGCUUCUGUAGCGGAGCGUGGAGUUGGGAUCGCCCCCAACGAACUCGCUGACCCUUACUGCGCUGGGGUACCAACUGACCUCUAUCUUCUCAUUACAAAUAAUGGGCAGGUGAAGUAUUCCUCCUGCGAACAAGCGGCGACAGCAGCAGCGCGACUCUAUGAGCCUAAGCAGACCGUGCUGGAGAUACGAGAGAGGGCUACUCGAGCCAUAAGAGCUGCUAUUGAGGCAAAUGAAACCCAGCGGAGGCAGGAGAAUGAAACUAGGCCUGGAGGAAACUCCGGGAAUUGCUACAAUUGUCAGGGUCGUGAACACCUGGCACGAGUUUGUCCCAGCAAAGGGGAACAAACCAAGCAACCAGGCGAGACCUGCAAGAAGUGUGGAGGUGUUGGAUACUAUGCUCGUGACUGUCCUCUACACGACCGAGGCCGUGCCGAGCCGGAAAACAAGAGCAGCAGGCAACCUAUCCGUCCCAGCACUGAGAAGGCAGAACGGUUUAACCGCGAGGCCUAG